CGGAAGAUGUCCUACACUAUUUUUGUUCCCUAUUGGUAGAGGUGUAACUUGUACGCUAUCGUUUUUUAUCUCCUAGUAAUUUCUUUCUCAUAAUCUAUUAUUAAUUGUUUUUCGGCAUGUUCACAUGUAGACGUGUUUGGCAGUGUUACGGCCUCGACUUUGAUUUAUGUGGAGUUAAUAAAAGUUAAAUAUUUCGGAUUUAUUUCGGUGGAAAGCUCGUUAGCCUGCCGUUCAAUGUGAUGGCUUCGGAAACCUCAUAUUUUGUGUUUGUCAUAAUCAGUCUACAAUAGUUGGAUGCUGAAAACUUCCAGUAAACAUGGAUCGGGACAGGAGUAGAGACAGCUGGGACUGGGGCAGCCCGCAAAACCGAGCCCAGAUGGAUGAGAUAUUUUUCCGUGAACAGGAUUACAUCCAGGCUGGCUGCACGGAACAUAAAAAGUUCUGGGCUUUCUUUGACCGUUUCCAGAGAUUCAAAGCAAAGCGGGAAAUGUCUGGGUCUGGAAUAAGAGAUGAUGUCAAAGAAAAGAAAAGGUCAGGUUCUGAAAAAGUGGAUUUGGGGCUUCCUAAAGAGUACGACGCUCGGUACCGGAUUAAUGUGUCCGUGUGCACCGGGGACAUCGAGAAGCGAGUGAGGAAAUCCGAUCCCAGGAGCAGGCAGAGAUCCUCGGGACCAGGUCCGCAGGAGGUCUCGGACUGCCGCCUGGCUUUGCUGCACUUCCUAGACUUCAGCCAGAAACAGAGCUUUGGGAAACUGGCCAAGCUCCGCCGGGAGCAGAAGAACCUGCCUAUCUUUCAGUACCGAGAUCGGAUCGUGGAGCUGGUGCGGCGUCACCCGGUGAUUGUGGUAGCCGGGGACACGGGCUGCGGGAAAUCCACCCAGGUGCCCCAGUAUCUGCUCUCGGCUGGCUUCAGCCACAUCGCCUGCACCCAGCCCCGCCGGAUCGCUUGCAUUUCCCUCGCAAAGAGAGUCAGCUUUGAGAGCCUCAAUCAGUACGGAUCCAAGGUUGGGUAUCAGAUCCGCUUCGAGACUUCUCGGACGGCAGCCACCAAGCUGCUCUUCCUGACUGAGGGGCUCCUCCUGCGUCAGAUCCAGCAGGACAAGAUCCUGGAUCAGUACCAGGUAGUCAUCGUGGAUGAGGUCCACGAGAGACAUCUCCACUGCGACUUCCUCCUCGGCGUCCUGCGCUCCCUGCUGGCUGAACGGCCGGACCUCCGUCUCAUCCUCAUGUCAGCCACCAUCAACAUCAAGCUCUUCUCUGAAUACUUCCGCAGCGCCCCGGUGCUGCAGGUACCAGGCAGGCUGUUUCCCAUUCAGGUCAUCUACCAGCCCAUCCCCCCUGAGGAGCAGCCCUCUCGCUCAGAGAAGCUGGAUCCUAGGCCGUACCUGCGCAUCCUGCAGGGCAUCGAUCAGCGCUACCCUCCAGAGGAGCGUGGGGACCUGCUCCUCUUCCUCAGCGGCGUGGCGGAGAUCUCCAACAUCCAGGAGGCCUGUCAGGUUUACGCCACACACACUCGGCGCUGGAUAGUCCUGCCGCUGCACAGCACCCUCUCUCUCGCUCAGCAGGACAAGGUGUUUGACGUCUCUCCUCCUGGUGUAAGAAAAUGCAUCAUCUCCACCAACAUCGCUGAAACCUCAGUUACGAUAGAUGGGGUUCGGUUUGUUGUGGAUUCAGGAAAGGUGAAGGAGAUGAGCUUUGACCCAAAGGCUAAGAUGCAGCGCCUGCAGGAGUUCUGGAUCAGCCGAGCCAGCUCCGAGCAGAGGAAAGGUCGAGCCGGUCGCACGGGUCCUGGUGUUUGCUAUCGCCUCUACUCGGAGUCGGACUACAACGCCUUCGCUCCGUAUCCUGUCCCUGAAAUUCACAGAGUGGCUCUGGACUCCUUGGUCCUGCAGAUGAAAAGCAUGGAUCUGGGAGAUCCGCUUUCUUUUGUCUUCAUUGAUCCUCCUCCAACGGCCAGUAUCCAGACUGCAGUUACAUACCUGAAGGAGCAGGGGGCGCUAGACAGUCGUGGUGAACUAACAUCCAUUGGUAAACUGUUGGCUCAGCUGCCUGUUGAUGUUGUUAUAGGGAAGAUGUUGGUUCUUGGUUCUCUGUUUAACUUGGUGGAGCCCGUGCUGACCAUCGCAGCCGCCCUCAGUGUCCAGUCACCGUUCCUGCGCAGCUCGCAGCAGAACCCGGACUGCAAAACGUCCUGCCAGCCCCUGCACAGCAACCAAGGAGAUCCCUUUACCCUGCUCAACACCUUCAACGCCUGGGUGGAGGUGAAAGGAGAGCGAGGCGGCGGCUCCAGGAAGUGGUGCAGGAGGAGAGGCCUGGAGGAGCAGCGACUUUAUGAGAUGGUCAACCUGCGCAGACAGUUCAAGAACUUGCUGAGAAGCCAUGGCCUCCUGGAGUCAGAGGACACGGCUCCAUCUAGUGGCGACCGCGAGCAGCGCAGGGAGAGGUUCACCGAGAGGAAGAAGCUGCAUCAGCUGAAAAGAGACCAUGAGCAGCAGGAGGGGACCAAACGUAAAGUCCUGCGGCUGGAGGAGGGCGGAGAGUUUUCCUCAGGAUCGGACUCUGAAGACAGAGGCAGAGGCAGGAAGUCCAAGGAGGGACAGGGACAGGAGGUGGACAUCCAGGAAGUGAAGUUUAAAUUGCGCCACAACGUCUCAGAGCUGCAGGAGGCCGUUGGCGCCAGUCAGGACUUGUCCUCGCGUCACCAAGCUUUGCUCAAGCUGCUGCUCUGCCGAGGACUCUACCCUCAGCUGGCGCUCCCUGAUGAGCACAACACCACCCGGAAAGACUCGGAUCAGGUGUUCCACACGAGGAACAAGCAGGGCGUGGUGAUGCACCCGACCAGUGUGUUCGCCAGCGAUCCGGAGGUGCUGCAUGUUCCCGAGGACGAACCCAGAGAAACAGGACCGGACAGGAGGGACAGCAGCAGACAUCAGCUGUUGGCCUUCGUCACGCUGCUGGAGACCAACAAGCCGUAUUUGUCCAACUGCGUCCGGGUUCCAGCCCUCCAGGCUCUGCUGCUGGUGGCCAACUCGGUGGACACAAACGCCGACUGCACGCGGCUGGUGGUGGACGGCUGGCUGGAGCUGGAGGUCCGGGAGCCCGACGAGGCCCUGAGGGUUCUCUCCAGGGCCCUCAGUCUUAGGUCUGAGUGGGAGCGUUUGCUGAAGGCUCAGCUAGGACAGAGCGCCACCUCCGGACAGGGAGUGUCCCGCAGAGACAUGGAGAAGCUGAGCGACGGCCUCGUCCGCUUCCUGCUUUACACAGAGGUCAGUUACAGCCUUCAGCGACUCACAGCUCUCCAGACCCAGAACCUGUACGUCGGACCUCAGGCCGACCCGGACUCGGUUUACUCUGAGCUUCCAGAUCUGAGCCUGCUGUUUCCAGGAGCAGAAGCCAAACCGGAUCCAAUUAAAGGAGGCCUGAGAGUGACCAGCUUCUUCAUCUACAACUGUCUCGCUGAUUCGAAGGAUCUCUACAGCGAGUGUUUGCGGACCUUCUGGAGCUGCCCUAACUGUGACCUCUACAUGCCUCUGACUCCUCUGGAGCGGAUGCAUCACGAAGCUUCCUGCAGGCCCGCCGGAGAGCGGCAGGAGGCAGAGGAAGAAUCAGGAGACGGAAAGUCCGGCUCAUCCGGAAAGUCGAGUCUGACGAGGGUCUAUCACUGUGACGUCUGUGAUGAGGAUCUGACACUCACAUCCACGGAGAUCCUCAAACAUAAAAGGCAGCACACGUUUUCAGCAAAGUGACUGGACUGCAACAACACCAAACCUUUACGGCAGUAACGUUUCAUCAAUAGAUUCCAAAAGCUGAUUGGUCAAUUUGCACAGCAACUUAACUGCAGACCAAUCAGAUUGCAUUUUGCUGUGUCGGCCCCGCCCACUGACUUUGACCGUAAGGAUGACAGAUAAAAGAAAUUCCCAUUGUGCUGCAACACAAGACUACGAAAUACAAAAUAUAAACUGUAAGUAAUUAUAUGUUUUUCAGUUUUAUUUACUUUAUCACCUAUAUAAAUAUUUAUUUCUCAACUUUUGUAUUGAAUUGUGGCACUUUUGGCCCUCGACAUAUCAGAUAAUCUUCGUUAUUUACUAUCCAACGUUUCCAUAACUUGAGUUCUUACUUUUUUAUGCUGAAGUUCUUCAGAUUCUCUGGGAAAUCAUUUGACUUAAGACAUUUUAAUUGAAACUGGGACUGAGACAAACCGCAUGAAUUUAAAUGAAGAAAACACCUCAGAUAAACAAAAUACGGAAAAUCCAAUGUACUUUUAAAAAUACUUUGGGAUAAAUUAGUCUUUGUGUGCAGCUAUCAGCUGCAGAAUAGAAAAAUUGGUGGAUGUUUAGUCAGUUGUUUUACUUUUUAGCCCCACAGAGGAGGAAAAAAAAUCACCAACAUGACAAAACUCUAAUUUAUUUCAGCACCUAGUCUGAUUCACUAGGAGUGGGAUGACAGUUUUUAUGAUUCAUAUCAAAACUUAACGGUGAAUUAGCGGCAAAGAGAUGUUUACUGCUUAAAAAACAGAGCCGGCCCAAAAUAUAAACAAACUAAGCCGCUCCUUAGGACCACGAAAACAAUCUGGGGGCCCACAAAAAUACUUCAGUUCACAUCCUGAACAUUUAUCUAGAAAUCCCUUUUUUUUUUAGGAAUUGAUAAAUUAUUUAAUCGCUACAAUUUACUUUUACCACUUUAUUAGAUGCAAAUAAUUUAGUUUACUAGUUGUAAAUGUAAACAAAAUUCUCGAUGGUUUUAUUACAGUACUGAUUAAUUAGAAUAUAGUCAAAGUUAAUUUAUUUCAAUAUUUAAACUCUGAUAUUGAUUAAUCUCUGACGGAGUGAUACAUUUCAAGCUGCGUGUUUGGAGCGUACUGCUAAUGAAAACCAAUAGUUCUGGAUGAUAGAAAGUUAAAAAUUAUUACACAAAAACUAAUCAAAAAUGGAUUCGUCUUUGUGUGCAAACUGCUGGGUCAAAACAUAUUUUUGGAAAGUUGGGUAAGUUUCCCUCUCCUAAAUGCGACUUGUAGUUCCGAAAUACCCCAUUUGCGAUUAAUUAAUAGUUUAACAUGAUUACUUUUUCACAUCAGCCAAAGUUAACAAUUGUUUUCCCUUUAUAAAUAAAAUAUUUUUUUAAAUGUUUCCAAAUCUGUAUUGAAAUCAGGUUUCUUGUUAUAGGCGAACUAGACCCUCCUAAUCACCAAGGGGCCCCAAAACUACCUGUUCAGCCUCAUCUCCGGAAAAUUAAAAUGUAAAAUCUUUUGCAUAAAAAAAUAUAUAUAUAUGUAGAAUAUAAAAGAAUAAACUGCAAAGAUUAACUUUGGCUGGUGUUUUUUCCAUGAUUAGUUCACAUUAUAACCUGUUUAUUCAAAUUCUGUAUUUUAUAAACACUCAAAAUCAGUUUUUUUAUUGACUUAUAGAUUUCUUUUUUCUUUUGUAUUAUAUUUUUUUAAAUUAGUUUAACUCACGUCAUGAUGUGUAAUUUUAACUGCAAACUGCUUUGCUUAUAAAAUGUAAUAAAUUGCAGAAUUUUAGUGGAGCAUCUCUGAUGAACUAAACUAAACCCCAAAGCUGGAAACAGCCCAAAUUGAAACAAUCAGCAAUGGCUGGUGGGCCCCAUAAAAGUUCACUUUAAGGCCCCAGAAAACUUUGGACCGGCUCUGUCGAAACAAAAUUCAACGCACUAAGAACUAUUAUGAACCAGAAUAUGAUUUAUAAGUCUUUGUAGUUGUCAUUGCAGCGUCCCUCAACAAUAAUUGUCUGUUUGCAUUUUACUCGUCAACUAGAAGACGAAGCUCGUGGUCUCAGAUGUCUGAUGAAGACUGCACGCGUUUGUGCUUUCUCGUUCUGAACCCCCGUUUGUUUUUAUCUCCAACCCAGGUUUGAGUAACAUCUGAGGUAAAAUUAGAGGUAAAGGGUGACUUCUGUUCAACAUGAAACGAAUAACUUCCCCAAGAGCUCUGUGAAAAUGUGAUGGGUGUGUGCGUGUGUGUUUGGGGAUUCCGUCGAUGUGUUUUACAUUUAAUAAAAUAUACCAAUUAAAAUUAUAACAAUCAUAUAUAUAAACAUCUUUUGUUGUUUUUUUUUUAAAGAUUUUCUUUCUAAAUAAAAAACCAAAACA